GUUUAUGUUUCUAGUCAUACAAUAUAAGUUUAGGUGGUAUACGAUUAGAUAUUUUUAAUUAAUAUUAUUUAUAGAAUUAAACGCUUUACAAUAUUAAAAGCAAAAUGAGUACUGGAAAAAGUAAUGGUGAAACUGGAAAUAGAUUGGAGGAUCUUAAUGUACCUGGGCAAGUCUUUUUAAGAGAUGCCUUAACAAGCUGUACAGAUCCCUUGAAAGCUAUAGAACAAUUUCAAGUAGAAAAUGGUAUCCUUUUACCUUCAUUGCGACCUAUGCUACCUUUACUCGAUUUGCAUGGAGUUAGACGACUAGAUUUUCAUGCUUCCGUAUUAGAGGAAUUAAGGGAGAAACUGGUAAAGCGAAUAAAUGAAAUAGGUGCUGAAAGAGCUGAUAAAGUAUCUAGUGUUGGUGAUAAAAGAUUAAAGGAAUUACUUUCUAAAAGCUUUACUGCUGUAAGAGUUGCAGCAUUAAGGCCAGUUGUUAUGUGUAUAUUAAGAAAUACACCAUAUAUCGAAGACAAAUAUUUACGCAUAUUAGUUAAAGAAAAGGAAUUAUAUAACGAUGCUGAUACAGAAGUAAAAAGACAAAUUUGGAAAGACAAUCAAAGUCUUUUUGGRGAUGAAGUAUCUCCAUUAUUCAGUAAAUAUAUAAUGGAAAAAGAGAAAAUUCUUUUCGAUCAUAAUAACUUGAAUAGUCUUUUCUUUAGUCCAUCUCCCAAAGUACGAAGACAAGGAGAAGUUGUUCAAAAAUUAGCUCAUAUGAUUGGACAUAGUGUAAAAUUGUAUGAUAUGGUAUUGCAAUUUUUACGUACYUUAUUUUUACGUACAAAAAACAUACACUAUUGUACUCUYAGAGCUGAGUUAUUAAUGGCCUUGCAUGAUUUAGAGGUACAAGAUAUCAUUUCGGUUGAUCCUUGUCAUAAGUUCACUUGGUGUUUAGAUGCAUGUAUUAGAGAGAAAAAUGUAGAUGUUAAAAGGUCUCGUGAAUUACAAGGAUUUUUAGAUAGUAUMAAGAGAGGUCAUGAACAAGUAUUAGGAGAUUUAAGCAUGACAUUAUGUGAUCCAUACGCAGUAAACUUUCUUGCUAGUAGUGCAAUAAAAAUAUCUCUUCACUUAAUUAAUAGUGAAGCAUUACCACGAGAUAAUGCUGUUCUUGUACUGUUAUUAAGGAUGCUUGCUCUAGGUUUAUCUGCUUGGCAAAUGAUUGAUUCACAAGAGUUUAAAGAACCAAAACUUGAUAGUCAAGUUGUUACAAAAUUUGUACCAGCAUUAAUGUCCCUUAUGGUAGAUGAUCAAAUCAGACAAUUGAACUGUAGACUACCCCCUGAUGAAAGAGAAAGUGCAAUUGCUAUUAUAGAACAUUCCGGCCCACCUCCUGAUGCAUGUCAGGCAUAUGCACAAUUAUCUGRAGUGGCUGCAGUUUUAUCAAUGUAUUACACAUUACAAAUAGGAGGUGGAGGUAGUAUAGGAAAAGGAAGAGGAGAYGCAAGAGGUUUAAUGAGAGUAUUAGCUACUUUAACAAAUUGUCAAGCACAACGUGCAUUUGAAGAUCCUUUUUUACACACUCUGGUUUCACUAUUAAUACUGAAUAUGGCUGAUGAGUUCUCUAAUGAAUCAUUUUGUACUGUAAUAUUUGAUGAAUUUUUCCUGGCAGGUUUAAGCAGAGAUAAUGUUACGCGUCAUUUAUUAAAAUUACUUUGGUAUAUUCAUCCAAAAUUACCACCCGCUAGAUUACAUUCUUUACUGAAAGCUUUACAACCAACUAGUCAGCAUAGUGAGACCGUAGCUUUAUAUGAAUCCUUAAGAGAUAAAAUAGGCAAUCGAUCCAUGCAAGAAGCAUUACCAUCAUCAUCUCAAAUGGAUACUUUAGGAUUAGAUUGUCCUUCUUCGCCUAUCAUGGGAGUUCCUACUACAUUAACAAAUUCACUUUAAUUUUUAAAGUUUAUGAAAUAAUGAUGAAUGAUUGUCUUUUAUAUACAUUUGAUCAUGGAACMUCACAUUACUUGUAUUUCUUAUCAAUUGAUAAUGAUGUACAUUCUAAGCACUUUUAUUAAAAAAUAAAAUAAUAAAGACAAACUACAUAUA